UGUAAUACCCAAUCAUCCAUAUAUUUACCACUAAAUAUAGUGGUAUUCACUAAAGGAUGUAUUAUUAUAUAGUUAGAUGUUUACCGUUUGAGAUGCUGUGUGUCCUCACAAAUACAGGGAAGGCUCCUGUAUUUACACGCUAAAGGCCUAUGGUCACGUGACCUAAGUUAACCAAUCAUGACAGCUUUACCGAUCGGCUAGAUUUAGUGAACUAAUUUUCCAGACAAAAAUGCAGAAAACUGUAACUAUAGAACUAUAUGUAACUAUAUAUAAGAGCUUUUGGGCUUAUGUGAGAGCGUUUUCCUUGGGGUUUAAAAGGCACCAAAUAUUUACAUUGAAUAAGGAAAACUGACAAAAAGCUCUCAAGGGAUUGAAGAGUUUGGGGUAUGGCUAUCCUCACUUCCAUAUCACGCAGUGCCAAGUGCAGACCGUACUAAGAAUUCUUUCGAUCAGCAUGGCCAAAGCGAUUUGGUGUAGGCCCCUACUUAACAAUAUAUUCUGAAGAGCAUUAUUCCCAAACUAAUAAAAUUCCAUAAAAGCACCUGAUAUUUACCUUGGGAAAGAAACUUAAACACAGUUGAAUGCCCCGGUACUCCCGACUCCAAACACUGCGCUGGGAGCGUAGGGAAGUAUCACGCAAAAAUAGUCCUCAAACAUUUCUUGCAUACAUCAAAAAUUGCUCUUAACAAAGUGAAAAAUUAUACUCAGUUAUUCAACUGGAAUAUUUUAUAACAUUUCAGAACAUGCUAAAACAACUAGCAACCUGAAAAAAUGAGCAGAGUUCAGAACUGUAUAUUAACAUACACUGGCUCGUCGUAAGCAAACAAAAUGGCCGCCACGGGUGAGGAGAGAGUGAAGCCCACACAGACUUCAGGCUUUUACACAGGAUAUACAAGGUGUCAAGUCCUAUAGAAGAGAAUCCUUACCCCGGGUAACAGAUCACUAUCAACAAUCUACCCGCUGAUGCCAGGGGCCUACCGGAAAAAGCCUGUGGAUGUGAAGUCUUUGGAUAUACGUAGUCGCUUGGUUAACUAACCGACAGGUCCCCGUGGGACCCCCUGUGUCUGAGUGACAGAAGAAGAGUCACGGGAAAUCAAUCCGCCCAGCUUGGGCUGGCAGCUCUGUAACAUGUCUACACACGUUGUUGUUAAGUGAACAGACCGACGUACAGCGUGUUGCUGCUCCCCAACACACGUCCGCUGGCCCACGGAGCUGGAGAAAACAGACCACAGUGGCCUGACGGUAUAUGUCACAGUGUUCAGUGUACGUGAGGAAUCAACGAAUACAGGUGUCUGACAAGCUAUAUAGGGCAAUCUGCUUUCUUACAGGUAUUCGCUGUUAACAGGUAGGCUGCACCCAGAGGCCGUGAACACCUUAAGAGGUAUCUUGAGCCGUUCUAUCCCCGGGGCACGGCUGUCCCAGAUUGUGGCCAUAGACUGACCCGUUUCACCUGUGAUGCAGUCUGUGUGAGGUAUACUCUGAGGUUAUAGCUGUAGUUUUGAAAGGCGACUGGGUACAAUUAUGAUGGAGUCGUCGUCGAGGAAAUACCGCAUCUCGUCCGCUCUUCCCAGGACUAACUCAGGCUCUCAGGAACCAAUGAUCAUAUCUAACGGUUUCCAUUGUGACAAUCCUACAGCAGUCAUGGAGGGCUGUUCCAACCCUGGUCACACGAGCAUAGAAAUGAAGUGUCUCACAGACCUGGGCCAACAGGCUCCUAAGACAGGAGCCACUUUAACAUACCACGACAUUAACUACCAGGUUCAGGUGCGCAAUAAGGGAUGCUGUAAAGGCUCAUGCCCUAAAAGGAUUCUAACAAACAUCAGUGGAAAAUGUGGACCCGGCAUGAACGCCAUUCUCGGUCCGACAGGCAGUGGGAAAUCCUCGUUACUGGAUGUCCUGGCGGGUCGCAAGGACCCGGAUGGCCUGACAGGAAAUAUUCUGAUAGAUGGGAACAAGGUCCCGCAUAAUUUCAAAUGCAUGGUCGGAUAUGUAGUUCAGGAUGACGUAGUCAUGGGAACACUAAGUGUUCGAGAGAAUCUCGAGUUCUCUGCAUCCUUGCGUCUUUCUAGUGAUGUAUCAAACAAGGAACGAAAACAGAGGGUAGAUACAACUCUACAGGAACUCGGCCUUACUCACUGCGCAGAUACCAAGAUUGGUAACGAGUUUAUUCGGGGUGUGUCUGGGGGAGAGAGGAAGAGAACUAACAUUGGUAUGGAGCUGAUCAUUGCUCCUCCCAUUUUGUUUCUGGAUGAACCCACCACAGGCCUGGACGCCAGCACGGCCAACGCGGUCAUGCUGCUGCUUAAAAGAUUGUCCAUGCAAGGAAAGACAAUCGUCUUCUCAAUCCAUCAACCACGGUACUCCAUCUACCGGCUGUUCGACAACCUCACACUGCUGUCCAAAGGUGAAGUGGUGUACAAUGGACCGGCAACAGACGCUCUCUCCUACUUCGAGUCAAUAGGUUACCAUUGUGAGGAACACAACAACCCUCCAGACUUCUUCUUGGAUGUCAUCAAUGGCGAUUCUACCGCUGUGGCCGCCACUGUUGAUGAUAUCAACGGUAAGUUGGAAGGAAACAUGAACAAAUCAACAGAGAACGAAGACAGUGUCUUCGACGAAGACGUGAGCGACAGGCGGCACAUAGUGGGCCAGCCACUCGUCAAAGCGACAGAUGAAUUCCCCAUUCAAAGAGAACUAGUUGCGAAGUUCAAGCACUCUCAUCAUUUGAAAAGACUUCACGAAGAGAUCGACCCUGUCCUAAGGGAUUUUGAGAAUCGAAUGACCGCAGGUCAAGACAUGUCCGUGAAGCGGGUGGAGUACGCUACUUCCUUCUUCCACCAGUUACGUGUUGUCUGUUGGCGAACUGGGACCAACACUUUGCGAAAUCCAGGAGAAGGAAUUUUACAGAUGUGCGUGAACACACUGUUUGGUCUGAUUGUCGGAGGAAUAUAUUUCCAACUCGAUACCUCAAAUGACGUUGGUAUCCAGAACAGGAUUGGGGCUUUCUUCUUUGUCAUCAUGAACAUGAUUUUUGGGAACCUGGCUGUCGUUGAGCUGUUUGUCAAAGACCGUCCAAUAUUUAUUCACGAAAGUGCCACGGGCUUUUAUAGGGUCUCUGUGUAUUUCCUGGCUAAAAUCCUCUGCGAUGCCAUUCCUAUACGGUCCAUACCCGUGGGGUCUUUCGCUGUGAUAACAUACUGGAUGAUGGGACUCAAACCUUACUUCGGCCGAUUCCUCAUCUAUUUUUUAACACUGUUCAUGUCGUCGAUGGCAGCAUGCGCCGUGGCCUUCAUUAUUAGCGCCACCACGCGGAAGAUGGCAAUCGCCAAUUUGUGCCUCGCUCUAUCAUAUGUGUUCAUGAUGUUAUUCGGUGGGCUGCUUGUAAACCUGGAAUCAAUGGGGCCUGGCUUAAGCUGGCUAAAAUACCUUAGCAUAUUCAGCUACGGACUUGAGGCUCUCAGUUUGAACGAGCUGACGGACAUGACAUUCUGUACCUACAGGAACGGUACAAAUGAUUGCGUGACCGGAGAGCAGUACCUCGACAAACAGGGCAUCCUACACGGCAGCCUGUGGAAGCUAUGGGAGAAGGAGCUGGCUCUCACCAUUAUAUGUCUCGGCUGUAUGCUUAUAGCUUAUGCACAACUUCGACGUAUUCCUAAGUUAAAGUAAUUGAUAGUCUUUAUAUUAGCGCCAUAAUUCUGUUCAUAUAGCUGGAAUAACUUAUUUGUACAACAGAUUUUGACAAAUCGGGUUGAGUUUGUUCUGUAUAUUGACAACAAACCUGACAAUCCUCUGAAAAGUAAGAGGAGAUUUUAUACUGUGUAUACAGACGUGUAUUCUGUAUGUCUUUCAUACUGACUUUGAGCUGUGAUUUCCAUUACCAAAUAUCUUCAUAUUUGUCAUCAUGUGUUAGCUGUAUUUUAUGAAAUGGAUGAAUUGUUUACAGUGUGGAUGGUGUGACAUGGUUGGCUGAGGGGUAUAUGGGCGCGAGGGUGUGAUCGACCGAGUGCAAAACUUUUUAGAUGCUUGGUUAAAUGAUGAGAACAAGCUAAACUUAUGGUUUAGGUCGUAAAAUGCUGAAGGAUGAAAUUUUAAUGGCAGCUGAAGUGUUAUGUAAACUAUGAAUAUAGCGCUUUUACAGUAACUGAACUGUUAGAAACGAUGUAUAUAGCGGUUUCACAGUAACUGAACUAUUAUAAACUGUGGAAACAGCGGUUUUACAGUAACUGAACUGUUAUAAAUGAUGUAUACAGAGGUUUUAAAGUAACUGAACUGUUAUAAACGAUGUAUAUAGCGGUUUUACAGUAAUUGGACUGUUAUAAACGAUGUAUAUAGCGGUUUUACAGUAACUGAACUAUUAUAAACCGUGAAAACAGUGGUUUUACAGUAUCUGCACUAUUAUAAACCGUGGAAACAGUGGUUUGACAGUAACUGAACUGUUAUAAACGAUGUAUAUAGAGGUUUUACAGUUACUGUCGUGAACGAUGAGGACAUGUGUUCUGUGACAGUAACUGGGACGAGAACAAAUGAUGUUUAUAGUGAUUGUGUAGAAUUCUACUUCUUCUAGAAAGUGUAGGCCUAGUAAUUAAAUCUAGAUCUUUGUAACCAAUUAUUGUGUCAUAUAAUGGGGACAGAAUUACAUGGACAGCAGGUUGGUGUAGACUGAGGUCUUGCCUCAUCCGGCACUGCUUUCUGUAGAAGACCUGGUUGUGGGGGAGCAGGUUGAUGGUAAAAUGAGCCCGACACCCCUGUGCUGUCAGUCUACAAAAUGAGCUCAGCACUUGUACGCUGUCAUUCUACAAAACGAGCCCGACACUCGUCCGCCGGUCAGUCCACGUGAAUAUCUUUACAGUGUCAAUCAACAGGGCUCGUGCUUGGCCAAUCCGUAAUGAGACCAACACCUCGUCCGACUGCUCCUUUGGCUCUCCCGUCACUCAUCUAUGCAGUCACAUAUGUAUCCGUCCAUAUACUAAGCCUGUUAGUUCCAUGUAUACAUUACGUCAGAUGGACACCUCAUUUACCCAUUGUCGUGCAAUACAAGUAUGCAACAUCCCAUGUAUAUAAUAGCCCUUAGAUUUUGGUUGUGACACCUGAAGUAUAACAUGCCUGGCUUUUUAAAAGUAUAAUGUGUAUAUCGUGCAUAAGUGCCAGGGCA